GGCUGAAUUGCCUGCUGUGUCUUCAGGAGCGGUGAAACAGAGCAAAGGAGAUGGGGAUGGCGAAGAACAACGCAGGGUUGACUGUGCAGAGAGAGGUCCUGGAUGAGCAGAGGCUGGAGGAUGUCACACAGAGGCUGGAUUACAAUGAGCGUCAUCCUCCACUCGUCAAACAUCUUAGACACCUUUUCAGAUGCAAUUUGCUUGGGCUGAAGAAGAAGGUGGUUAGCUGCUUUCCAGUUCUCUACUGGCUACCGCGCUACUCGAUCUGGGACUAUGGAAUGCCUGACAUUGUAUCUGGCAUUAGUGUUGGAAUCAUGCACCUUCCACAAGGAAUGGCUUAUGCCUUGCUGGCCUCUUUACCUCCAGUAUACGGUCUCUACACAUCCCUCUACCCUGCCCUGGUCUACUUUUUCUUUGGCACCUCCAGACAUAUCUCCAUUGGCACCUUCACAGUGCUUAGUAUCAUGGUCGGCAGUGUGACAGAGAGACUGGUUCCAGAUGGUUCCGAGUCCUUCUUUGCUAAUGGCAACAACUCAACCGCUGAGUAUAUCAUGGCCAGGGACAUCUCCAGGGUGCAGGUCGCAGCUGCCACCACGGUCUUGGCAGGACUUAUCCAGGUGGUGCUCGGCCUUGUGCAGUUUGGCUUUGUGGGCACAUACCUGUCGGAGCCGGUGGUGCGGGCAUACACCACUGCAGCUGCAGCCCAUGCAGUGGUGGCACAGCUCAAGUACCUGUUUGAAGUCUCGCCCACGCGCUUCAGUGGUCCACUUGCUCUCAUCUAUACACUGGUGGAUGUGUGCUCGCUGCUCCCUGAGACUCACCUCCCUACACUAGCAGUCAGUGGUGUGUCCAUGCUGGUCCUGAUCAUCGCCAAGGAGCUCAAUGCAGCCUACAGACACAAGCUGCCUGUGCCGGUCCCCGUGGAGCUCAUCACUAUUGUGGCAGCAACUCUGAUCUCGUCCUAUGCAGGGCUAAGUAGUUACAAGGUCCCUGUGGUUGGGGAGAUCCCUUGCGGCCUGAGCCCACCCAGUGUGCCUGACUUUAACAUCUUUGGAGAGGUCAUUGGGGACGCCUUUGCCAUAGCAAUCGUGGGCUACGCCAUCUCUAUCUCUCUAGGGAAAACCUUUGCCCUCAAGCAUGGAUACAAAGUGGACAGCAAUCAGGAGCUUGUGGCGCUGGGCCUCAGUAACACUGUAGGAGGCUUCUUCCAGUGCUUCGCUGUCUGCCCCUCUAUGUCCCGUAGUCUCGUCCAAGACAGCGCAGGUGGCAAGACCCAGAUGGCAGGAGUCUCCUCAGCUGUGAUAGUGCUGGUGACAGUGCUAAAGCUUGGACCUCUGUUUCAGGAACUGCCCAAGGCUGUCCUUGCGGUCAUAGUUAUGGUCAAUCUCAAAGGAAUGUUCAAGCAGCAUUAUGACAUAGUGACUCUGUGGAGAAGCAACAAGAUUGACCUGCUCGUAUGGCUGGUCACCUGGGUGUCCACACUGCUUUUGAAUUUGGACAUGGGUCUUGGGGCCUCUGUUGCCUUUGCCUUGCUGACUGUGAUCUUCAGGACCCAGCGGCCGACAUACUCUGUACUGGGUCAUGUUCCUGGAACAGAACUGUAUGUGGACAUGGAGACACAUAGAGGGGUAAGAGAGGUCCCAGGUGUCACCAUUUUCCGCUCCUCAGCCACUGUGUACUUUGCCAAUGCUGAGCUUUAUCUGGAAGCCCUCAAGGAAAAGAGUGGGCUGGACAUCGGUAAGAUGAUUACCUAUAAGAGGAGACAGGAGGCCAAGCAGAAACGCAGAGAGAAGAGAAUCCAACGAAGGGCCAGGCGUCGAGCCAAGAGACAUGUGAGUCUAUUUUGAUGUCAAGACAUUCCUAUGAAUUUAAAUAAUAUUGUAUGUCCUGAUUGUAUGCAAUUCUGAAUGUGAUAGAUUAUCUACUGCGUUAAAAUUGCUCUUAAGUUUUGAACACUCUGAUAUUGAUGGAGGUAU